CCUUCGUUUUACAAAACCGUUCGUCCAACGGAGGCCGCCGGAAGUCGACGAAGAAGAAGAAGACUGCACCACCGCCAAAGCUCCGAUGAUCUUCUCUUUAGUUCCUUCUCUACCUAUAAUCUGUCCCUCAAGGCCGGCGGCGGCGGCGACGGCGGCAGUCUCCGCUCCUACAAGUGUCAACACCGCCUCCGUCACGACUUCCACCUCCCAUUCCUUGGAAGCCACAUUCAUCCAACGCGCCGCCGAGAUCGCCGACAAAUCCGCUGGAUUGACAGCUCCUCAUCCGAACCAUGGGUGCAUCGUGGCUACUCCGUCCGGCGCUCUUGCUGGACAGGGCUUCCUCUUCGGCCAGGGUACCAAAUCGGCGGAGGUUCAGGCCGUGGAAGCCGCAGGCGAGCACUGCCGUGGAGCGACGGCGUUCCUUAAUUUGGAGUCCAAUGAAUGUCCCGGCGACGACGUUGCGGUUUCUGCUUUCGUCCAGGCAGGGAUUAAAAGGGUAGUGGUUGGGAUCCGGCAUCCGUUGCAACAUCUAAGAGGAAAUGCUGUGAGGGCUUUAAGAAGUCAAGGGGUUGAAGUUGAUGUUCUUGGAGAGGAUGUUCAGAGUAUAGCCAUUGAGGAAGCUCGAAAAGCUUGCCUUCUUGUUAAUGCUCCAUUGAUUUGUAAAGCUGCUUCUCAACUUCCUUUCUCUGUUCUUAAAUAUGCCAUGACGCUUGAUGGGAAAAUCGCUGCAACUACCGGUGAUGCAACCUGGAUCAGCGGCGUUACAGCCCGACACCGGCUCUCGGAACUACGAGGAAGAAGCGAUGCUAUUAUUGUAGGAGGCAAUACCAUACGCAGUGAUACCAAUCUUGAGCUGUCCUCUGCAUUAGAUCCAAGACUAACUGCAAGACAAAGUGGAGGACACACUCCCCUUCGUGUUGUAAUGUCAAGAACACUUAAUCUUCCUGAAGAAGCAAAGGUUUGGGAUACAACAAGUGGUAUACCAACCAUGGUUGUAACACAAAGGGGUGCUAGAAGGAGUUUCCAAAAAUUUCUUGCAUCAAAAGGCGUCGAAGUGGUCGAGUUCGAUACCCUCAACCCUCGAGAUGUAAUGGAGUAUUUUCACGAUCGAGGGUACCUUUCGGUUCUAUGGGAGUGUGGAGGAACACUUGCAGCUUCAGCCAUUGCCUGUGGGAUAGUCCAUAAGGUGUGUGCAGUGGUUGCUCCUAAGAUCAUUGGAGGGAGGAAUGCACCAUCUCCUGUUGGUGAGCUUGGGAUGAUUGAGAUGUCUCAAGCUUUGAAACUCAUUGAUGUUCAUUACGAGAAGGUCGAGGAGGAUAUGCUGAUCAGUGGAUAUCUUCAACCUAUAUCAGAUGUUGCUCCUGUUAUCCCAUCACGGGAUGCAACCUUAGCAGCUGACCCAGCUGUUGCUCCUUGUGAACCAAAUAUCAUAUCGUUCUAUAAUUCAUGGGAUCAUUAUGGCUCACUUUCUAACUUUUCACCUCACUCUGUUCAUAUGGCUGAUGAGAAUGGUGAUAUUAGUACUUGGAUGACGGUCGAGCACUAUUAUCAGGCUCACAAAUUCAUUGGGGUCGAUGAUCCUGUCGCACAAGAAUACGUGGAGAAAAUCAAAUCAGCACGAAGUCCCGAGGAAGCAACAAGGAUUGCAAGGCUAUUGCAGAAGCAGCGGCCUGAUUUGGUGAGACCUGAUUGGGAUACUGCCAAGCUUGAUGUUAUGUACAGAGCAUUGAAAUGCAAAUUUUCAAGCAAUCCUGGCUUGAAAUCCAUGCUACUAUCAACUGCUGGAUCUGUUCUAGUUGAAGCAUCACCACAUGAUCUUAUUUGGGGUGGAGGUCGAUUUGGAGAUGGUCUAAAUUACUUGGGGAGGUUGUUGAUGAAACUACGAGCCGAGUUCCUUUCUCAAUAGUCGAAACCGAACCGGGACGACCCGAAAUUCAAAUGAGAGAAAAGAACAUAAAAUAGAAUCAAUAAUCACUUUAUUAAAUAAAUCGUGUUCAAUAAGUCGAGCUAUGCUCGUGUUAUGUCGAAAAAAGUAUUGAUAUCGUAUGCAAAUAAAGAUACAAAGAGGUAUAUUUUUUAUGAAUAAUUGCAA